UCGAAACAUUGAGUUACCUAUUUGAAUAUUAUAUUAAACUAAGUGUUUUUUUUUUAAUUGUAUCACUUGUGAUUUUGCAAUCUUAAGUACAACAUGUUAUACGGUUUUUUAAGUUUGGCUGUCGUCCUUGUAGCUACUGUGAGAGCCUCAAAUAAUAUUGAUGGCCCAUCUGUCUCGCAAGUUACAAAACCUAUUGGCCUUGCUGAAGGACCCCAUUGGGAUGGAAGAAAAAAUAUUCUGUAUUUUGUAAGUAUACUAGAUGGGGAAGUCUACGCAUAUCAUUACCACUCCGACAUAUUGACGAAGAUCACUCUCAAUGGUCAGGUUACGCCAGUCGUACCUUCAAGAAAAAACCCAAAUCUGCUGUUGGUCGGUGUUGACAGAUCAAUAGUUGCCGUUGAAUGGGACGGAAAGAAUAAACAGGGAAACCAAGCUGUAGUGACCACAGUAAACAAGCAGAUUGCUGACAGUAGAUUCAACGAUGGUAAAGCCGACAAACAGGGAAGACUCUGGUGGGGUACGACGGGGAGAGAUACAGUAAAUCCCGGCCAAGCUUUCUUGUACAAAAUAACCAAACACAAUAUCAACGACCCAACAGUCGCCAUUUCACAUGUUACUAAUAGUAACGGACUAGCGUGGAACAAAGCUAAUGACAAAUUUUAUUAUAUCGACACGCCAUCCCUUAAGGUAGUCGAAUAUGAUUACUCUGAUGAAAAUGCCACAAUAUCAUCGGGCAGAACAGUGUUUGAUAUCAACGAUCACAAAACAAAUAUCACAGGAGUGCCAGAUGGUAUGACAAUUGACGAUGAAGAUAAUUUAUACGUUGCUUUGUAUGGAGGUGGAGCCAUAAUCAAAAUUAAUCCUAAGACUGGAGAACUUCUGAAUAUAAUCGCCAUUCCAUCUAGAGACGUCACAUCUGCCAUGUUCGGAGGGCCCAAUCUAGAUAUUCUCUUCGUCACCACUUCUAAAAUUAGUCUAACUCCUGAAGAACUAUUACAAUGGCCUGCAGCUGGCAGCGUGUUUGCUGUCAAAAAUCUUAAUGCCAAAGGUUUACCUGCUUUUACUGCAGAUAUCAUAGAUAGUAUACCAUCGAGGGAUUAUGGGAAUCAUUAAUGAAAAUGCUUCGAAC